GGAGCCCAGAACGGCAUAUUUUGUCGCAUGAUCUAUAAAACAAUUUAAUCGAGUGGAGAGAAUCAAAGCUCAGGGAAUCAGAAUCUCACUCCAACCCACUUGUAGAAUCAUCGUCGUCUUUCUUUGCGCUUCCAAUGCCGGGCUCCUGAGACCCAUCAAAACGGCCUCGCUUCGACGGCAUCCAUGACUUUGAGCCCCGACUCCCGCACUCCUCUGGAGUGGAAGUUCUCUCAGGUCUUCGGCGAACGACCUCACGGAGAGGACGUCCAAGACGUCGAUGUCAUAUCCACGAUAGCUUUCCAGAAGAGUGGUGAUUACCUCGCUGUUGGAGAUCGGGGUGGUCGUGUUGUAAUUUUCGAAAGGAAGGAUGAGAAAGAUACCUCAAACCAGCACCUUUCUAGAGAUGAGUUGGAGCAGUUGGAUUUUAGUUUCACGAGCCAUCCUCAAUUCCAAUAUAAGACUGAGUUCCAGAGUCAUGAGCCUGAGUUUGAUUACUUGAAGAGUUUGGAAAUUGAAGAGAAAAUCAACAAUGUGAGAUGGUGUGCAACUCAGAAUGGAUCACUAUUCAUCCUUUCAACAAAUGAUAAGACGAUUAAACUGUGGAAGGUCAAGGAACAUAGAGUGAAGAAAGUAAAAGAAAUGGACCCUAAUCCACUUCUGUGUUCAGAGAAUGCACUUUUGGCUGAAAGGAGUUUCAUGAGUGAACAAGACAAACCAUCUUUUGAUAAUGGGCAUAAUGUGGAAUGGACUGAAAAGAUGGCGACAAACAUGUUGCCAUCUCAAGGAGUGUAUUCCAAGAUUGCUAAUAUUGAAGACACUACUCGUACAAGAUGUCGAAAGGUGUAUGCCCAUGCUCAUGAUUUUAACAUCAACUCCAUCUCCAAUAAUAGUGACGGCGAGACAUUUAUUUCUGCAGACGACCUUAGAAUAAACUUGUGGAACCUUGAGAUUAGUAAUCAGUGUUUCAAUAUCAUUGACAUGAAGCCCUCAAACAUGGAGGAUCUUACUGAGGUCAUAACAUCAGCUGAAUUCCAUCCAAUUCACUGCAAUCUGCUUGCAUACAGUAGCUCUAGAGGUUUUAUACGCCUGGUUGACAUGCGGUGUUCAGCCUUAUGUGACCAGAGUGCAAGAAUAUUACAAGAUGGAGGGUCCCAUGGGUUUAAAUCAUUUUUUACCGAGAUCAUUGCGUCCAUCUCUGAUAUAAAGUUUUCAAAUGAUGGGCGACACAUCUUAAGUCGUGAUUACAUGAAUCUAAAGCUGUGGGACGUGCGAAUGGAUUCAUCACCAGUUGCAACAUUCAAGGUUCAUGAUCACUUGCAUCCCAAGUUAGGCGAGUUGUAUAAUACCGACUCCAUAUUUGAUAAAUUUGACUGUUGUAUCAGUGGAGAUGGAAUUCAUUUUGCAACUGGAUCUUAUAGCAAUCUUUUACGUAUUUUCUCCCAUGGUGUUGGAGGUGCAGAAGGGAUCACUAUAGAAGCUAGCAAAAGCCCCAACAGGAAGCCACUUCGUGGUGCUGCUCCAAGGGCUAGAAGGUCAUCUUUAAGCAACCUGACACGUGGAUUUUAUCGCCUUGGGCAUGAAAACUCAAGCUCGGGUGCUAAUGAAUUUUCUUCUAACAUAAGCUCCAAGCUGCUACAUUUGGCAUGGCAUCCAACGACAAACUUAAUAGCUUGUGCCGCUGGCAAUAGCUUGUUCAUGUACCAUGCAUAGUUUUGUGUACAGUUGUGCUCCUAGCAUUGAAAGACGGCCUUGAAUCAAAUAAUACCGAAGAGUUGUGUGCUUAUUACUUA